AUGGCUGACCAGUCGCCUGAUUACAAAACGCUGUUCCUCGAAGAACAAUGCAGACGCAAAGCCGCGGAGCAGGCGAAGAAUGAGGCAGAGCAGGCGAAGAAUGAGGCAGAGCAGGCGAAGAAUGAGGCAGAGCAGGCGAAGAAUGAGGCCGAAGAGAAAACUCGCAAGACGACUCUUCCAGAGUUUCUCGACGCCUGUCACGAUAAUCUAUACUCCGGUCUCACCGUCCAGACCGAUGCGACCUUGUCGACGCGGGGCGACCCUGCGAAUGCGAAUAACAAGCUUCGACCUGAGAAGCUCCUUCUAUGGAAGGAUUUCCCAGCACAACAAGCAGCGAUUUGGGACAAACUUAUGGGGUCUGACUUCGCGUUAGAGCGACACUUCACCUCGCUGCAUACGUUGAAAGAGUCUGGUGAAGCUAUCCGACGGAAGAUGAUGAGUUCUGAGCUAGAUUUGCAUCUCUUCCAACGUACCACUGUAGACGACCCUGUAACGUCUAUUAUCGAACGAUUAUACGACCAACAAAUACUACGACAGGAGUUUGGACUCAAGGGUUCGAUACAGUUUGAGAAUCACGCCAACACCCUCAGCCCGGAAACGCAACUAGAGAGCAUUAGUUCCAUGACCAUCUCCGGGACUCAGCGACGACGGUCACCACGCCUACAGGCCAAGGCCCAGGCCCAAGACAACUCCGUGGACGCACCUCGCGCCCAAACAGCACGAUCGUCCCGUCCUCGAGCCGAUCAGUUCUGCGUCUACAACACCAGCACUCAGAAUACAGAGACUCGCGUAGCGGCCUUUAUCACGGAAUACAAACCUCCGCACAAGCUGCCACUCGGGUAUAUAAACGAGGGUUUGGGGGAUAUGGAACUCGAGGAGGUGAUUCUAUGUCGCGAAACGGAUACUCCUCGCGACCACUUUCGCCGGCUGAUGGCUGCAGUCAUCACACAAGCAUUUUCUUAUAUGGUCAAGCUUGGGGUGGAGUAUGGUUGCGUGUGCACUGGCGAAGCUUUCGUCUUCCUACGCAUUCCUGACGAUCCUAGAACGGCUCAGUACUUCCUCUCCGUUCCGAAAGGGGACGUCGGGGACACCACAGGAUGGACAUCGGACUUAGACGGAACAAAUCGCCUGCAUCUAACAGCUGUUGCUCAGAUGCUAGCUUUCACGCUUCAGGCGCUGCAGACACCGCCCCGUAGCCACAAAUGGCGUGCCGACGCCGCCUCUCAACUCAAUGGCUGGGAGGUUACGUAUGAAGACCUGCUAGAUACUAUCCAUGUAGAAGAUGCGCCAUCAUCGGAGUACCGUCCACCUCGCCACAAUGAGUUCCUUCGCAUGUCACCUAUCCAGCUCCGGCGGAGGCAUACCCCAAUUAGCUCUUCAAGCUGCGCGCGACCGCAGGAUCAGCACGCAGCUAGCGACGAAGAACACGACUCCGAUACUCCAAGCCGGCGGCAACCUUCACCCUCGCGCCAGCCUCGCACACACGCCGCUACCAGCAGCUCUUCGCCGAGUCGGAGUUCCCAUAGAGGACAAAGUGGACAGUAUUGCACUCAAAACUGCAUACUAGGGUUAGUCCGAGGGGGUCCACUUGAUAUGUCGUGCCCAAAUGUGCGAGAUCAUGGGGAAAGCCAUCAUCAGAUCGAUUCACCGACCUUCCUCACUCUUAUACGCCGACAGCUCUCAAACGACUUAGAUACUGACUGCAAGCCUGUGAGUCUGCCUGGCGCUUGCGGCGUCUUAUUCCAAGUUCGGCUGAAAUCGCACGGGUACAUGGUAGCAGCCAAGUGCACUCCCAUUGACUUCGUCCAUCGUCUUCAUCAUGAAGCUACCGUUUAUGACCUCCUCCGUCCGAUCCAGGGUAUACAUGUACCAGUUCAUCUAGGCAACAUAGACCUGGAAACCCCCUAUUUCUACGAGGGUAUUUGUGAGCUUGUCCACAUGAUGUUUCUUAGUUUUGGAGGGAAGCGGAUCGCCCAACACCUCACCGCCAAGAACCGGCUUUCCGUUACCCAACAAGUCGACUGCUCAGCCCAAGCUAUUCACAACCUUAGUAUCUUGCAUAAAGACCUUAUGCCUCGAAACCUGUUGUGGAAUGAGGAGACGGGCCGAGUGAUGGUGGUUGAUUUCGAGCGGGCAGAGUUCAUCAAGCCACGACCUAUACUAGGUACCAUCUCGGCGAACAGGAAGAGGAAGAGAAUUAAACAGUACCUACACUAUCUUCUUGCAAGUACGUGUAUACCAUCUGUGGACCUAUGCCUAUUCGGACUUAUUUUCCCUCUAUUCUCCACCAUAAUUCUGCCGUGCGAGGGCCGCGCAGAUAUCUCGCAAGUUCUCAUCCUCUUGAUACUGCGGUCGAGGCGUCUUAAAUAUCUUCUCUCUCCUUUCUCCUUCCGGCCACGCAAGUCGUCUCUUCUCCACUUCAUGCUUUUCGAGGGCUUCCUGACUGGUGAAUUGCCUGGUACUGGCCCGAAAGCUGGGGGAAUCGAAGUCGGAGGUGAAUGUGGAGCUGUGAAUGGCACUGAGACCGGCGUUGUGCCUUUGGGCGUAGACCCGAAUAUAGGCUUUCCUGCCUGA